UGUCAACCCCAGACAGGCACAUAGUGAGGGGGUAAAUACUUCCUCAAACACGCCGCACUGUUCAGUCUACACUCAACUUACACAUCAGGACUGAAGAGGAGACGCGGUACAGAAACCUAUCGAUCUUUAAAGUUGUGUGUGUAAGCAAAGUGAUUGCUUGCCAUGGCUCCGUUCUUGCGGAUUGCCUUCAAUGAUUUUAGCCUGGGAGACCUUCCUCCUAUGACGGAACAACCGUUCUGUGCCAUUAAGAUGAAGGAAUCACUCAGCACAGAGCGAGGGAAGACACUGGUCCAGAGGAAGCCCACCAUGUAUCCCGCUUGGAAAUCCUCGUUUGAUGCGCACAUCUAUGAGGGACGUGUCAUAGAGGUGGUCCUGAUGAAAACAGCUGAAGAAGCUCUGUCAGAAGCCACAGUCGGGGUCUCGGUUAUUGCAGAGCGCUGCAAAAAAGGCAACGGCCACGUUGAGUUCUGGGUGGACCUGCAGCCCUCUGGAAAGGUGAUGAUGUCUGUCCAGUUCUUUGUAGAGGAUUCAGACCCAGAAUCCAAUUCAUCAGUGACUGGGAAAGAGGAAGACAGCGUUCUUACUCUAAACAGAAGGAGAGGAGCCAUCAAACAGGCCAAGGUUCACUUUAUCAAGAACCACGAGUUCGCAGCCACUUUCUUCAAACAGCCUACCUUCUGCUCUGUCUGCAGGGAGUUUGUGUGGGGCCUCAACAAGCAGGGCUACAAAUGUAGACAAUGCAAUGCUGCCAUUCACAAGAAGUGCAUUGAUAUGAUCAUUGGAAGAUGCACAGGAACAGCAGCCAACAGUCGAGAUACAGUGUUUCAAAAGGAGCGCUUUAAGAUUGACAUGCCACAUCGUUUUAAGUCACACAACUACAUGAGCCCAACAUUUUGUGACCACUGCGGCAGUCUUCUUUGGGGAAUGGUCAAACAAGGCCUCAAGUGUGAAGAAUGUAGUAUGAAUGUCCAUCAUAAAUGCCAUUCUAAAGUCGCCAACCUCUGUGGAAUCAAUCAAAAGCUCCUGGCUGAGGCUUUGAACCAAGUUAGCUUGAAAUCUUCCACAAAACGCCCAGAUCCCACUUUGUCAGAAAUUGGAAUCUAUCAAGCCAUAGACAAAAACAUGCCAGUGGACUUUAGUGGGGAGGGCUCUCAGUAUGGAAAACUAUGGGAUGACAUGAACCCUGCCCCUCCCAGCAAUACCGUCAAACACCAGUCCCGCUUCUCCAUGAGCAAUUUUGUGUUACUCAAGGUCCUGGGCAAGGGCAGCUUUGGAAAGGUGAUGCUGGCGGAGCUAAAAGGAAAGGGGGAAUAUUUUGCAAUAAAGGCCCUAAAGAAGGAUGUGGUGCUUAUGGACGAUGAUGUGGAAUGCACUAUGGUGGAGAAAAGAGUGUUAGCACUGGCUUGGGAUAACCCUUUCCUCACACACCUUUACUGCACGUUUCAAACAAAGGAGCACUUAUUCUUUGUUAUGGAAUAUCUGAAUGGAGGAGAUCUGAUGUUCCACAUUCAGGAUAAGGGCCGUUUUGAUUUGUACAGAGCCACGUUCUAUUCUGCUGAAAUCAUCUGUGGACUACAGUUUCUCCACUCAAAAGGCAUUAUAUACAGGGAUUUGAAGCUGGACAAUGUGAUGCUGGACAAAGGUGGCCAUAUUAAGAUUGCAGACUUUGGAAUGUGCAAAGAGAACAUGCUUGGAGAAAACCGAGCCACCACGUUUUGUGGUACACCAGAUUACAUUGCUCCUGAGAUCCUGCUGGGGCAGAAGUACACUUUCUCUGUGGACUGGUGGUCGUUCGGCGUGCUGCUCUUUGAGAUGCUGAUCGGCCAGUCGCCAUUCCAGGGCGAUGAUGAGGACGAGCUGUUCGAGUCCAUCCGCAUGGAUGCACCUCACUACCCACGUUGGAUUACCAAGGAAGCCAAAGACCUGCUGGAGAAAUUAUUUGAGCGAGAUCCGACCCGACGACUUGGUGUUGUUGGCAAUAUCCGUGGACAUGCCUUCUUCAAGACAAUCAAUUGGACUGCGCUGGAGAAACGAGAGGUCAAUCCACCAUUUAAGCCAAAAGUGAAAUCCCCCAACGACUGUAGCAACUUUGACCGGGAGUUCCUCAGUGAAAAGGCCCGUCUCUCUCACGGUGACAAGACCCUGAUAGAUUCCAUGGACCAGACAGUCUUUGAUUGCUUCUCUUUCAUUAACCCAGAAAUGGAGACCAUUAUGGGAAAAUGAGAGGUUUAGACUGGGUUUUGGCCAAGCCCUCCAGACCUACCCACUCAAAGCAAAAAGGGCAUACAGGAGCCAGGAGUUCAACCAGUGUUACACUUGUUAUUCUUUCUGGAUAUGUUUAUGUCUUCAUCGUUCACAAAAUAAAAACUUUAAAUCAUUUUGAACUUUAUAUGAUGAUGUUACUAUAUUAGUUAUAGUAAUAUCCUUAACAUAGAAAUAUGAACACACUUUUUGUGAUAUAAAUGAACCUUAUUUCCAUUCACACACACAUACAAACUCAAACUGAUGAAAAGGGACUCAAAACCUUAAAGAAAGGGACUGUAUAUCGCAGCUCUUUGUGGUGUUAAGUUUAAUAUGCUGGGACUUUGCGGUUUGAUUGAAUAGUGGCCUUCUUAACACCCCUGAAUCCUCUUUGUGCAUUCUCAUACACCCAAUGUGUAGGGCAAGUUGACUCUCAUUUGUUAAUAGAAUCUCAUACUAAGAUUUGUUUGUGGGAUGUUUAGGCUUUUUGCAAGUUAUCCUCUCUUGCUUAUGUGAAACCAUUUCUACUGUGUACAUUUUAAUUUUAAGAUGCUGAUUUCACCAGUGGGAGCUGAGCAUAGGCUCUGCUGAGCAUGCACAAAAUAGUGUUUUUUCAGUAUGUGUCUAUAAUUCAUGGAGGUUUAAGAAGGCCGCGUAUUUUAGACUCUCAUAUGAAACCUCUGCAAUAUGAAAAGUCUUGAUAGACAUCUUGUUCAUAAAAAGAGUUACAGUUAUGGUACUGUAAUAGGUAGUAUGUUGGUAUAGUAUAUUGGUGGUGCUAAGCAAGUGAGAGUAUAAAGAUACAGUUAUUUAAUGUUGGUAUUUUAAUCAAAUAUGAUACUGUAUAUAAAGAUAUAUGUAUAUUGUUCUGAACAGUUGUUGGUAUUGGAGGUAAUAAUGCUCUUCUUUUUUUACUGAAUUUACUCCUCAGAACU